GCCUGUAACACAGGCGCACUCACACACACAUACACACUCACUCUCAGUUUUUAUUGUCAGAGGAGCUACUGGGAGGCUCUCUACAGGGCACAGUCUGCUCAUUCUUCAGGUGACAGUGUGUGAGCUGCGCAUGUAUGGCUGAUGGACAGACGUCUGAACGGAUCACAGGACAAUGCUGGCACGGAGCCGUUUCAUCCUGGUGCUGGUGGUGGGCGCAUUGCUGGCGGUGCUGAGUUUCAGCCUGCAGUAUUUGCACCUCAUUCCUACCAAUCCGGUGGCGGAGCAAAGGUCAGCUGGUAAAAGCCGAAAGCGUGUGAAUCCAGUCCUACAUACAGAUCCUCCGGCCCCGGACCCCAUCAGAGACACACACCAGUACUGCAAUUACCCCAACCUGACCGAACACGGCUGGGAGGGUCACUGUCCGCCUGACUACAAGCUGCUGUCGGUCCAGGUCAUGAUUCGACAUGGAGACCGCUUUCCUUUGUACUCCAUCCCCAAAACCAAGAAACCCACUAUAGACUGCAUCCUGUCAGAAAAGAGAAAACCCUCUCACCCCCUCUUGGCCUCCUUCAUUAGUCACAUGGCUCUCGGUGGGCGUGGCCACUGGGAUGCAUCUCUGGGGUCUCUGCCUCGAUUACCCAGUCACAGCACCUGUGAAAUGGGAGAGCUCACACAGACAGGAGUCGUGCAGCAAUUAAAAAACGGCGAUCAUCUUCGCCAGGCCUACAUCAGCCGUCACAAUCUGCUCGCUGCUGAUUGGUUGCCUCGGCAGUUGUGGGUGGAGACUACCGGUAAAAGCCGCACCCUUCAGAGCGGACUGGCCUUCCUGUUCGGUUUUCUGCCGCAUUUCGAUUGGUCGCGGCUGACUGUGCGACAGCAGUGGAGUACGCUGUUCUGCGGCCAAUCGUGUGACUGUCCUGCCCGUAAUCGCUACCUCGACCAGGAGCAGCGCAGGCAGUAUCGCCAAAGAAUCGCAGACGCAGAACUGGAACGCACUUACGUCACGAUGGCCAAAACAUUGGGUGUGGCCACGAAAACGCUGAGGGCGGCCAAUCCGGUGGAUGCAUUAUUGUGUCACUUUUGCCACGGGCUUCCCUUUCCGUGCUCCAGCACACAGACUUCAUCAAACGCUCCAGAUGAGGGGGCGUGUCUUACAUUGGAGCACUUUGCUGUGAUUCGUAGGCAACAGAAAGAUGACGAACUUGAGCGUCGGGAGGCGGGGCUUUACCGGCGUUAUGCUGUGCUCGCAGCACAUCCAUACCUUAACCGUAGCGCAGCACGAUUAGAGAGAAUCGCCAGGGGAUCUCAAAUGCGCAAAAGUAAAGAAGACGCGGUUUUUGCAUUAGCAUCGGCUCAUGACGUAACAAUGGCACCACUGCUAAGUGCACUUGGUUUGGAGGGAGCAGGAUUUCCGAAGUUUGCAGCGCGGCUGGUGUUUGAACUGUGGAGUAGCCCUGAAACGAAAGAGAGAAGGUCUGAUAGAAAGCUGGACAAUAUGUUCAUUCGUGUACUUUAUAAUGGAGAGGAUUUGACCUUCGACACAGCCUUCUGCCGCGAACACAAUCGCCGCUCGACUCAGCCGCUGUGCCCUCUGGGUAAUUUCCUGUCCUUUGUGAGGAAGGAUAUGUUUAGUGUUGUUAAUGCGACGAGUUAUCAGCAGGCCUGCCACCAAACUGUACUGUAGAAUAUGUGAACGUGACUGACUGACAGUGAGGAAGCAAUAUGCUACUCAAAUAUUUUAUACAAUUCUGCUAUCAUUUGCUCCUUCGUGUAGUUUUAACGCCCCUGUGGAGCACAAAAAGCCGAUUUUAGGGAUGAUUUAAUGGAAAAAGUGAAAAAAAUAAGCACAAUAUCAUCCUCCAAAUCACUUUGAUUCUUAUGCAAUAUCUUCCUAAGAGUAAGGUGCUAGUUUCUGCAUGUCUCUCUUUCAGUGCGUGGAUUAAGAGCAGCAUGAACAUUUUUCAAAAGUUCUACUUUUUUGUUCCUCGAUUGAAAGCAAUUUAAAGCGACAUGAAAGGGGAUAGUUCACCCAGAAAUGAAAAUUUACUCAUCAUUAACUCACACAAGUAGGAAUAACAAAUACUGUGGAAGUCAACGGCUGUUUUCCCUCAACAUUCUUCACAAUAUCUUCUCAUGUGUUUAAUAUGGAUGAGUGGAGGGUGAGCAAAUGAUGACAGAAUCUAAAUUUGUAGGUUUAACUAUCCCUUUAAGGUUAAAAAAAAGUAGAAUGUAUAUUUUUGGAUGUACUGUUGCUUUAAGAACGAGCACUACUAUUGUUUUUGAUGUAGUGUCGGGUCUAUGGAGCAAAUAAUUGUAACUGCACAGCGCUCGGUACACUUUGCUUGUCACAGAGAGUCAAACUGAAGGAAACAUGUUUACAGUAAUCAUUAGGAAUGAGAUUUUAAGAUGCUGUGUGAAUAUGCACAUCUGACUGUUUUAAAUGUGCAUUGCUGAUGUCAAGGACUGUUUAAAAAGCACACCACCAACCCAGACAAACAAACUUCCCUUGUUGAAACACCUCUUGCCUUUAUAAGUCAGUGAUCAUUAUGACAAUCCCAGUGGUGUACUAUUUUUAUUUAUUUUUUAAAUCUAAAAAUGUCAUUUUCAGGUCACAUUUCUUAAAUAAUUGUAAUAGAUUUAGGGCACUUCGCCACUUUAUUCCUGCAGUGAUGGGGAACUGGAUGUUAUUUCCAUCAUGCAUCUCGAUUAGACAUCCUGGAUAAGUUCUCAAUGAAAUACUGUUAGCAGAAUGUCCUGUUUUUAGUCAUGUUGUCCUGACACAUUUCUUACAGAUCUUGUGUGCUUUUCUGUUUUUAUUUUACAUAGUUUUUAGGACUUAUUCAUUUUCGUAUCAUGAAUGUUGUUAUUAACAUCUGUAUAUACUGCCACAUUCCAAACCUUAAAGCACAUUUUUCAAAUAAAUGAACCAUUUUGUAUUAAAACUUCACUGAAAAUG